UCUCUUCAUCCAUCAUCUCUCACAACAAAGAAAAAGAAAAUGGGUAAGCUCAGCAAUCUCCUCGUUGCAACAUUCGGGGUUCUCCUCGUCCUUAACGGCUGCCUUGCGAGGCAAUCUCUUGGGGUUCCUCCUCAACUACAGAACGAGUGUAACCUUGAUAACCUAGACGUUCUUGAAGCCACCGAAACUAUCAAAAGUGAGGCCGGUCAGAUCGAGUACUGGGAUCACAACCACCCUCACCUCCGAUGUGCUGGUGUUUCCGUAGCUCGUUAUGUAAUUGAACAAGGCGGUCUCUACUUGCCCACCUUCUUCACUUCCCCAAAAAUCUCCUACGUUGUUCAAGGAAAGGGUAUUAGCGGAAGAGUGGUCCCUGGAUGUGCGGAGACCUUCAUGGACUCGCAGCCCAUGCAAGGCGAGCAACAAGGACAACAAGGUCGAAGACAAGAACAACCAUGGCAAGGACAAGGGCAUCAAGGACAAGGGCAACAAGGACAAGGGCAACAAGGACAGCAGCAACAACAAGGGUUCCGUGACAUGCACCAGAAGGUAGAACAUGUUCGACAGGGAGACGUCUUUGCCAUCACUCCAGGCUCUGCCCACUGGAUCUACAACUCCGGAGAACAGCCACUUGUCAUCAUCGCUCUUCUAGACAUCGCCAACUACCAAAACCAACUUGACCGCAACCCUAGAGUGUUCCGUUUGGCCGGAAACAACCAACAGGGUGGUUUUGGCGGUUCGCAGCAACAGCAAGAACAGAAAAACAUGUGGAGCGGCUUCGACGCACAGAUCAUAGCUCAGGCAUUGAAAAUCGACGUUCAGUUGGCUCAGGAGCUUCAGAACCAACAAGACAGCCGUGGAAACAUCGUUCGUGUUAAGGGACCUUUCCAGGUCGUGAGGCCGCCUUUGAGACAGCCCUACGAGAGCGAAGAGAGGAGACGCCCACGUGGCCCACAAGACAACGGCCUUGAGGAGACUAUCUGCAGCAUGAGGUCCCACGAGAACAUUGACGACCCUGCUCGUGCUGACGUGUACAAGCCCAACAUUGGUCGUGUGACCAGCGUCAACAGCUAUACCUUGCCCAUCUUGCAGUACAUCAGGCUUAGCGCCACCCGUGGCCUUAUCCAGGGUAAUGCGAUGGUGCUUCCAAAAUACAACAUGAACGCAAACGAGAUCUUGUACUGCACUGGAGGACAAGGAAGGAUCCAAGUUGUGAACGACAACGGACAGAAUGUGUUGGACCAGCAGGUGCAGAAGGGACAGCUCGUGGUCAUUCCACAAGGGUUCGCUUACGUCGUCCAGUCCCACGGAAACAACUUCGAGUGGAUCUCUUUCAAGACUAAUGAAAACGCGGAAGCUAGGAGGAUCAAGUUUAACACCCUUGAGACCACCUUGACUCGAUCCGCCGGUAGGCAACAACAGUAUAUCGAGGAGAUCGUCGAAGCUUAAAUGAGUCGUUUUUCUUUUUCCUAAUAAAAGUAUGGUCAGUUUGUAAUCAUGUUCCACUGCCUUUAGCGUCUGUGUAAACUAUGUGUCUGCGGCACUUACUUGUAAUAACACUUUCUUUUCAUAAAUAAAGGAAAGGUUCGAGUUGCAUAUA